AUGUCCUCUCGUUUAAGCCUCAAAUUUUAUAAUUCUAAUUUCCUAAAUGAUCCUAUUAUUUCUGAAAAUCAUUCAACUUGUGUACAUUCUGGGUCUCAGAUCAAAAAAAGAAGAAAUUCAUUCAACACUUCAAAAGUAAAUUCUAUGUUUAGUAAGAAUCAACCAGAAGAAGUCUUAAGAAAACUAUUAUUCUCAGAUAAUCCUAUGCUUUUAUAUUCUUAUUGUGAUAAAGUUUUAAAGAAUGGAAGUGAUGAAAAAAGAGUAAUUCCAUUCCUUAUUUUUUAUUCUUCACGUGGUAAAAUUACUCAAUUAUUAUGUCAAGUUGGAAGACGUGAAAUCAAAGAAGCUAAGGCAGGUACUCCUUUGUUUAGAGGAAAUACUCCAUUUAUCAGAUUCUAUAAUUUUUAUUUAUUUUUUUAUUGCAAUGAGUAUCUAACAAAAACUACUUCUGCUAUUAUUAAACAAAUAGAAAAUGGAGAACAACAAAUGCCUGAUUGUAAUGAUCAGGUGUGUACAAAACAAUUUAUCAAUUCUUAUUCAAGAUUUAUAACAGAGAGUAUAUCUUACAUUCCAUGUCAUCAAAGAAAGGUAAUCAAAAGUCUUCUUUCUUCUCCAUCAGUUAUAGAUGAUAUAACAAAAAAGAAACAAAUAUUUUCUACGUUAAUGUUCCUUCGUUAUCUUUUUGUCCCUUUCUUAAAACAUCCAUAUAUUCUUAAAUCACUUCAAAAAUGUGUUUCAGAAUGGAUUAGAGAAGGUGAGGAUAAAGAUAAAAAACAAGGAAAUCCAACAGAUGUUUUUAAUGAAUUAAAAUUGAGUUUAGAUUAUCUUUAUGAUAAUGUAGUAAAUUCUCCUGUUGGUUUUGAAGUUGGAAUGAUAAACUUAAAACAACAAGAGCGAUCAUUAAAUGAGUUGAUACUGCUUUUAAAAGACAAUUUAUUUACACUUAGUUCUGAUUAUAAUGGUGAUUUUCAAGAAAUAUUUAAUUUAGUUAAAGGAAAACAAGAAAUAGACAACUCUGCAAAUAUGAAAUUUGCUACUGAUGAAUUAAAACAUUGGACUGGAAGUAAAUUAGAGAUAGCUUCACAACUAAAUUGUGAAUUAAAAUUUAAAAUAACAGAAUUAACAAGAGAGAAUGAACGUAUUAAACACCGGAUUUCAUUUAUUAACAACUAUUUUUUAUAA